UUCCCCAUUUACCGUACCAUUAAUAAUCAUCACAUCAAACAUUAAUUAUAAUCCAAGAUGAGGCGUGAGGAAGAGAAGAAGACAACGACAAAGAAGGCAGUGAUCAAUGGCCCACGGCCUUCUCCCUUGAUGAUCAACAAGGAUUCCCAUUUGAUUCGGAAGCCUUCUUCACAGCAGAGAAAACCAAUCAUCAUAUACACAGUCUCACCAAAGAUUAUCCACACCAAGGCCCAGGAUUUCAUGGCUCUUGUUCAGAGACUCACUGGCAUGUCAUCAUCAAAUUCCAAUAAUGACGCCUCUGAGAACUUUGGGUCGUCUUUGUCAGAUGUUUCCAACAACAGCAGCGGCAUCAAGCAGCAGCAGAUGAAUGAAACUAGCUCAGCUCUUAGGAGGGAUAAUGAUAUUAUUCAUGAAGAUGAUGAUGAUGAUUAUGGUGAUAAGAAACGGGGUGCAAGUAUUCAUCAGUAUAGUCCCAAUAGUACCAGUCUCAUGAAUUUUGCUGAUAUGCCACUCUUCACUCCAAAUUCUUCAUCAGAUAUCUUCUGUUCAUCAAGAUCGCUACUCUUUAAACAUUCCGAUUCAUCACCUUAUGGGAUUUUGGGUAAUUUGAUAUCUCCUUCAGGCCUCGAAUUCAUCAAGGAACUUCCUGAAUAUUGAUACCACACCAACUCAUGAGUUUGGCUACCUUACUUGUUCUUGUUAAGUCACUUGAUUCCAUCAUAUAUAGCUUCUUCUAGCUAGUGAAUUGUAGAUUUGGUUAUAUUAGUUGUGCUUUUGGAGUUGUUCAGGCAUAUGCCACCAGGGAUGACCAAAAAUAAUGUGAAUUAGGAUAUUUAAUUCAUUCUUUCUGGACAUAAACAAGAAAAUUAAACUUGAUCAAUUUGAUGUAAUUUGACUUUC